AUGUGCGUGCAAGCCUCGGCUACGCCGGGGACGGGCGCGUUACGGGCCGAGGUGGCUCCGGCAACACCGACAGGGCGGCCUGAGGCCUUGGCCUGGAGUGGGCCUGCGUGCGGGCCCCGUGCGGGCCCUUACCGGACUCGGUCCCGCUCCCGCUCCCCGCCGGGCCCCGUGUUGUGCAAGCAAAGUCAAGAUAUCGAGGCUACCGCGCAGAUCCAGCCACUGCCACAACCGUCUCUCCCACCGGCUGCGCCUAUCCCAGCUCCUCAGGGCACUCCUUCCGUGGAGGAACUUAUCCAGCAGAGUCAGUGGAACCUGCAGCAGCAGGAGCAGCAUCUCCUCGCCAUGAGACAGGAACAAGUCACAUCAGCAGUAGCCCUUGCAAUUGAGCAACAAAUGCAGAAAGUUUUGGAGGAAACCCAGUUAGAUAUGAACGAAUUUGACAACUUGUUGCAGCCGAUAAUUGACACUUGUACAAAAGAUGCAAUCUCAGCUGGCAAGAACUGGAUGUUUAGUAAUGCAAAAUCUCCUGCACACUGUGAGCUGAUGGCUGGGCACCUGCGAAAUCGUAUAACGGCCGAAGGAGCUCACUUUGAGCUUCGGUUACAUCUAAUCUACUUAAUCAAUGAUGUAUUGCAUCACUGCCAGCGGAAGCAAGCACGAGAUCUUCUGGCUGCUUUACAGAAGGUGGUUGUGCCUAUUUAUUGUACCAGUUUUCUAGCAGUGGAAGAGGAUAAGCAACAGAAAAUUGCCAGACUUCUUCAACUAUGGGAGAAAAAUGGAUACUUUGAUGAGUCAAUUAUUCAGCAGUUACAGAGCCCGGCUCUUGGACUUGGCCAGUACCAGGCAAAUUUGAUCACUGAAUAUGCAACGGUAGUACAGCCUGUACAAGUAGCCUUCCAACAGCAGAUACAGAACCUGAAAACUCAACAUGAAGAGUUCGUGAACAGUUUAACGCAGCAGCAGCAGCAACAAAUACAAAUACCACCACUAGAGAACGAGGUGAAAUCGACACCCCCACCUCAAGCCCCCACAGCAGCACCAGCCUCGGCUCCACCAUCUGCUCCAGUUACACAAGCAGAUGAUGGUAAAUCUCAGCUGCCUCUAGCUGGUUCUACAGAGUAUGACACAACAGGGUCUGGAGUGCAGGAUCCUGCCUCUGGUGGACCACGUGGCCCUGGAUCCCAUGAUCAGAUUCCUCCAAAUAAACCACCCUGGUUUGAUCAACCUCACCCUGUUGCACCAUGGGGUCAACAACAGGGACCACCUCAUUGUCCUCCGUGGAAUAACAACCAUGAAGGAAUGUGGAACGAACAGAGAGAUCAAGGCUGGAACAAUCAGCGAGAGACACCUUGGAACAACCAGCCCGAUCCUUCUUGGAACAACCAGUUUGAAGCACCGUGGAACAACCAGCAUGAACAACCUCCAUGGGGUGGGGGUCAAAGGGAACCUCCAUUUCGAAUGCAGCGGCCACCUCACUUCAGAGGCCCAUUUCCUCCACAUCAGCAACAUCCCCAAUUCAACCAGCCCCCGCAUCCGCAUAAUUUCAACCGCUUUCCACCUCGCUUCAUGCAGGAUGAUUUUCCACCUCGCCAUCCCUUUGAAAGGCCUCCUUAUCCUCAUCGUUUUGAUUACCCCCAGGGGGAUUUUCCUCAAGAAAUUGGACCUCCUCAUCAUCACCCUGGUCACAGAUUGCCUCAUCCUGGAAUCAGCGAGCAUCCUCCCUGGGGAGGGCCACAGCACCCUGAUUUCGGGCCUCCCCCGCAUGGAUUUAACGGGCAGCCUCCUCAUAUGCGGCGACAAGGCCCCCCUCACAUGAACCAUGAUGAUCCUAGUCUGGUGCCAAAUGUCCCCUACUUUGAUCUUCCUGCUGGACUGAUGGCUCCACUUGUAAAACUUGAAGAUCAUGAGUAUAAACCUUUAGAUCCUAAAGAUAUACGUCUUCCACCCCCAAUGCCCCCCAGUGAGAGACUACUGGCUGCGGUUGAGGCAUUUUAUAGUCCACCAUCUCAUGACAGGCCUAGAAACAGUGAAGGCUGGGAGCAGAAUGGACUGUACGAAUUCUUCAGAGCUAAAAUGAGAGCGAGGCGGAGGAAAGGUCAGGAGAAGAGAAACAGUGGGCCUUCUCGGUCUCGCAGUCGGUCUAAAAGCCGAGGUCGCUCAUCCUCCCGGUCCAAUUCGCGAUCUUCAAAAUCAUCUGGCUCCUAUUCGAGGUCACGAUCUCGCUCUUGCUCUCGAUCACGAUCCUAUUCACGCUCUCAGUCCAGAAGCCGGAGCAGGUCCCGCUCUUCUCAUAGCCGCUCGCGGUCACGAUCAAGAUCAAGAUCGAAAUCGUACUCGCCGGGAAGGCGGCGCCGGUCCCGGUCUCGCAGCCCCACUCCUCCUUCUUCUGCUGGUUUGGGCUCCAGUUCUGGGCCUCCUAUACCAGAAUCAAGACUCGGAGAAGAAAAUAAAGGCCAUCAAAUGCUAGUGAAAAUGGGAUGGAGUGGAUCUGGUGGAUUGGGAGCCAAGGAACAAGGAAUUCAGGAUCCAAUUAAAGGAGGGGAUAUCCGAGACAAAUGGGAUCAAUAUAAAGGAGUGGGAGUUGCAUUAGAUGACCCUUACGAAAACUACCGAAGAAAUAAAAGUUACUCGUUUAUCGCACGCAUGAAGGCCAGAGACGAAUUGAAGCGUGAAACGCAAGACCCUCCACCACCUGAAUAAGACUCUCUGAAGAAAGAUGUCUUGCAUCUUCUACAAAACAUUAAACUUGUAUAAAUCCGGAUUAAAGUCUGGAGGAAGUGACAAAUGAAUUACUUUUAAAACUAUGGUGAAAAAUGGAAAGCUAUGACAUGUACUUCAACACUUGUUGUUUAGUGUUUAAAAAAGGCCAGUCGUAACUAUGACAUGUCUAGCAAGUUUAAGAAUUUCCAUUUAUUUUGCAAAAUUUUUUUAAUUAGUUGCCCAUUUUAUACUAGAAUUAAACCCCAGUCAAGCCGUCCCUGGUGCAGGAUUGUGACUCAUUCAUUCCUGUGGAAUACAGACAUUAUCUGAUAUGGUUAUAUGUUCUCUAGUUCCAUAAUGUAUGUUUAUUUCUCUCAAAAGGUUAAUUCUAUUUGAAGUGGAGGGGUGCUGCCUUGGGAUCAAGUCAGACUGAUGCUGAGCAGUGUAUCCUAAUGUCUAAAAGGGGAAUGAAGCAUCUAGUUCCAGUACAGGUGACCUAUGAGCACUGUGCAAGCUUGUUAGAACCUACCAUACAACUUAACGCCCCUACACACCAGCUGCUGCAGUCACAACUCUGGUCAGAACACGAGGGUUAACCGUUCUAGCUUUUCAAGCGCUCUAAGGGAUGUUCAAUGCUUUGUAAUGGAAGACAUUCUUUAAGCUUUUUAUAUUUUUGUAUAUACCCUUUAAUAAAGCGAAUUAGUUGAAUAGAAGAGAAUCAAUUUUCUCUGCUCUGCAAGUUUCUGACAAUGAAACGUUCUUGGAAACUUCCUUUAACCUAAAUGAGAAAAAAAGCCUUUUGUAACUGUUUCCAGAGACCACCAGCUAAAGAUGUUAGGCCCUUACACUGCACUUCCACUCCAGAGGUCUGCGUGGUGGUAACCUCUUCCAGAGUCAUUUGUUUGUAUAGCAGAAACCCUCUUGAAACCAUUCAGUGAAUAUGGUGAAAUAUCAGUUUGUUCUAGAUCUACUGUAGUUGUGGAACUGUGACUGUCUGUGAAUCAGCAUACACCACCUGUAUGUUAUCAACUUGUGGAUUUUCUUGUUUUGCCUUCCAAUAAACACUUUUUUUUUUUAAUAAAAAGGUGGCUCAUAUUUCAGAGUCGGUGGAUUCCAGUACGUUGGCUAUAAGCCUUCCUUGUAUUGAAUUUAUCUUAACUUUGUGUGUGUUUGGUUUCAUAGUAAUGUGACAAGGCUAACUGUAUAUAAACACUGUUUAAAUAUGGCACUAAAGCCAGGAUAUGGUAUUUUUCUACUGUGAUCAUAUUCCUCAGGUGCUAUAGUACAGACUUUCACUUCUACCACAAUCACAGCUGUUAUCGCAGAUCACACAUUCUACACGAUAAACACACAUACUGGGAUGACUUACCACGCUCCCUUCAGAGAGACGCGUUUUCUUGGUUUCUUUUUUGCUGACCUAGGCUGGCUGAAGGUUCCUGCCUAUCCCUAUAUCGUGUACAUUAGUAAAAAAUUCAGAUAUAGGAAAAUAAACUAUGUAUGAUAAAAUACAUAGCAGUUAGUACAAAUCCUUCCAGUACAUAGUUUGUAGCUUUUUAUCUGUGCAAUUUGGAAGGGUUUCUUGUUCCAGCUUGAGAUCUGUAAAUGUAAAUUUUACAUAAAAUU